CUGUUUGUUGAUUGUAAUGCAUUAGCAUUUUGUUUAUUGUUUGUAUAGCCGGGAUAUAUAAUCACAAUGUACACAUUACUGCACGGCUUCUACAAAUAUCUCACACAAAAAGAUGAUUUUUGUGUCGUCAUACUGGGCCUCGACAAUGCGGGCAAAACGACGUAUCUGGAGGCGGCCAAGACCAAAUUCACAAAGAACUAUAAGGGUCUGAACCCCGCAAAAAUUACAACGACAGUGGGUCUUAACAUUGGCACCAUCGACGUGCAGGGCGUGCGUCUGAAUUUCUGGGAUUUGGGUGGCCAACAGGAGCUGCAAUCCCUGUGGGACAAAUACUAUCAGGAGUCGCAUGGCGUCAUCUAUGUGAUAGACUCGAAUGAUCGUGAACGCAUGGAUGAGUCCAAACUCAUAUUUGAUAAAAUGAUUAAAAAUGAACUGUUGUCGGGGGUGCCGCUGCUGAUACUGGCCAACAAACAGGAUCUGCCCGAUGUGAUGGGCGUGCGCGAAAUUAAACCGGUGUUCCAACAGGCUGGCGCCCUCAUCGGACGGCGCGAUUGCCUCACAAUACCAGUCUCGGCGUUAACUGGUGAAGGUGUCGACGAAGGAAUCAAAUGGCUGGUGGAGGCCAUUAAGCGGCAUUCUUUGGUUCGCCCGCCCCGUGAAAACGAUUGAGGAGCUGCACACAAAGGAUGCAAUGCUGAAUGAAUGCUACGAAAGAUUCCAGAAUAUAACAUAGAACAUAGUGAGAACCUUGUAGAGUAGUGGCUUCCUGACAUUAGGUAGGCCAUAGUGUUAAGCAUGUAUUAAAUACAUAAAACACACACUUUUUUAAUGAA